GGAAUCCAUAAUUUUAUCAAUGUCGCAAUGAAUGGAAGUCAAAUGACGCAAAAAGGUUCAAUAAACAGUGAAAAACAUAAUGGAAAAUAUAUGUAACAUCAACUAAAAGGACAAUGUCUGUUAAAAAUGACGAGAUGUCUGCGAAUAUUCGGAGCUUAUUCGUUCAGGCUGACGAGGAGGCACUCGACGAUGCUGCUCCUGGCAUCGUUUAUCCUCACGAUCACGAUUGUACUGCAGCUGUACUCCUACCGGCACCACGAGCAACCACACAUGAGACCGAGGAUCGGUGAUUUUGACUACAGGCCGGGGUCCUUCCUUAAGGACAUACAGCCGCUUGAGAAUACCUCCUACUGUGAAUUCCGAUACGGCCUGCCAGAGACACUCAAAUGGGGAACCUUUCGCGUACAUCCAACGCCCGAAGCGGGACACUUAAGCCCAUACAGUGUCAUUUACAACGCCAUCAAAGGAAAAGCCUUUUCGAAUGUCAGCAAGUUUGAAGCAGUAACGUACGCCACACAAUCGACCCCCGAAUUCAUCUAUCACAUUAUAGAAAUCGCAAGGUACUGGGACGGACCCAUAAGUCUGUCCGUGUUCGUCCCGGGUUACGAUUUGGAUUUAACCAUUCAAAUAAUGACCCAACUUUGUCACUGCUAUUCUGGAAUGGCAAAAGUAUCCCUCCAUUUAUUUUACCCUAGAAAACAUCCGCCGAAAAUAAGGACCAAAGAAGAAAUGGUGACUACUACAACUGUCGCGACAACGACGUCGAAUAUCACGAUAGAGGAGAUAUUGAGAGCUAAAUUGGAUAAAUUUAGGAAUUUGAAUAAUAAGACAAGAGCGGAAUACAUACAGUGGGUGAGAAAGAACAAGAUCCAGAGAAUGAUGGUGCGUAUGCCGAAGAAGCGAACUUUGGCGCCUAAUUUGAGAUUCGACGAUUGUUCGGGGUUGGAGACGUUUGAUAUUGCGACGUAUAGAAGAGAGUAUAACAUGAUAUACCCAAUAAACGUCGGAAGGAACGUAGCUAGGAAUGCGUCGAGGACGAACUACUUUAUAGUGUCAGAUAUAGAAAUGGUGCCGAGUGACGGCUUAGCUCCGAAAUUUCUGACAAUGGUGAGGAAACUUAUGGGCGAUAAGAAACGCGACGAGGGCUGUAUAUUCGCUAAGGCUGUCUUUGUAGUGCCGCUGUUCGAGGUGGAGAGAGGGGAAGAGAUCCCUCGCGACAAAGACACGUUAGUGAAGAUGGUUGCCUCGAACCGAGCAGCGUAUUUCCACCAGAAGUUCUGUCCGCACUGCCAGCGGUUCCCUGGUCUGCAGACGUGGCUGACCAGACCCUCGCAGAACAUCGUAGAGGCCAUGCUGAUUGCACGCCGGGAGUACCCGUACCACAGAUGGGAGCCGCUCUACUUCGGCACCCACAAGGACCCCUGGUACAGCGAGAUGCUGUCCUGGGAGGGACGGCAGGAUAAAAUGACACAGAUGCUGGAACUCUGCCUCCAAGAGUACCGCAUGGUCGUCCUCGACGGGGCAUUUCUCUGCCACGCUGCGGUCUCUAAAACCGGCUCGCACCACACCCGCGCUGAAAGGGUUAACACGCAACGGUACCUUAAAAUCAUCGGUGCGCUAAAGAAGAAGUACCCAGACAGACCGCAGUGCAAAGUUAUGUGGGGUUGCCGGGACUGAAACUGGAAUUGGUAAAAGGGUUAAAUGAGUAUUGUAUGUAAGGUAGUGCAAGGUUAAUGCCCAUUUCGCCAUCAAUCCCUAAUUUUUAAGUGACUCUGUUACCAUAAUUAUUAACACAAGAGGAUUUUUGUUUUCAUAGGGGUCACUUAUUUUAUUUUUAUUUUUCUUUAUUCAGAAAACCACAGCUCUUUAUAAUAAUAAUACAAACAGGUAUUUUUGUUCUUACAGCCAA